UCAGUACUAAAUACAAAUAACAUGCAUUUUGUAUGAUCCCUCUUAUUUAAACAUUAACAUUUUGCAGAUUUUGCAAGGUGUAUGUAAACUUUUGACUUCAGCUGUAUAUUUCAACAGCUGUUCAAAGAUAAGCACUUUUUAUUUAAACUUUACUUCUUUGCCAUGUCUAAUUUUUUAAUCACUCGGUAAUGUGGCCAAAAUAUGGCCACAUAAAUGAAUGUACACUACCGUUCAAAAGUUUGGGGUCAGAAUAGUUAUAUUUGUAAUGAAUUAAUAGUUUUAUUCAGUGGGGAUUUAUUAAAUUGAAAAUUCAGCUUUGCCAUGACAUGAAUAAAUGACAUCUUAGAAACUCAAAAUAGAAAACAGUAAUAUUUAAAUUGUAGUAAUAUUUCACCAUAUUGCUCUUCUUACUGUGUUUUUGAUGAAAAAAUGCAUACUAGGUGAGGAUAAGAGACUUCUUUCAAAAAUAUUAAACAAAUCUUACCAACCUUAAACUUUUAAAUAGUAGUGUAUGGAAAGAUAUUUCCCUUUAUGUACUUGUUUUGCGGUUUGCACGUUUGUUUCUGUCAAUUGCUUUGCAGUGCUAUCCAUUAAAAAAAUAUAGAAAUAACAGGAUUUUUAAUGGCUGUUGCAAAGUAGACGCCUAAUAAUACCACACCAGUAACUCACACACAAAAAGUACAUCAUUCACAUGAUUUAUUAUUCUCCCCCAUUCCCAACUCAUUGGUUUACAGGUGAUCUAAUAACUAUAGUAAUUCAACAUUCAUGUAAUCACCCUGAAAUGAGUUAUAUAUUUGUACAUAAACAACCAGCAAGUCUCUGGAGAAAUUCUGGCUCUAAAAGUAUCGCUUAUUGGCAUUGUGCUUAACAGAACAAUCUGUCUGAAUUAUCAGAGGAUGUUUACAAGUUAAUGCUGACAUGCGAUAUGUGACAGACAUGUUUCUACCAUGAGGGCUCGAAUAAUAAAGAUCCUAUGGAAGUACAUGAAGUCAUGAGUGAAGAAGUAUUGAAAAGUUGUUUUGCGAAACAUAAAAAGUGCUCUGUAUUACCUGUAAAACAUGCUGUGUUGGGGGCUUUGCCAGUUCUUUAGCAGUUCAGAUUGGCCUCUGAGCAUGUUACCAUAAGUAGGAACCCUUUGCAUGAGUUUUAAUUGCUAAAUGACGUGUUCUGUAAUAUUUGUGGUGAAAAAUUUUGCAGUUUUUUUCAAUAAAACAAGGUUUUCUUAUAAAAUCGCAUGUAAUAAUGAUCCUUUUAAUUAAGAUGUACACAGAUCUUAAACCGUUAAGUCACAGAGGUAAUUUAUGGACUGAAAUACUAAUUCCAUACAUAGCCAAGUUAACCUUUUUACCAGCCACUUACCAUUAUUCAUUUUUGCAAUCCAGAGUUAACAUAAUUGGGUUUCAGGACAUUUUAGCCGACUAUUACUUUUAGUACUUUCCCAUAUUAACUAAAAAGCAGAACCCAUGGAGGAAGGAUAAAAAUUAAACAUUAAGAACUCCUCCCUUUCUCUGUAAUGUUGUUUCUUCAUCAGUUACUGCCAGCUGUAAUCAUCCAACAGCCUCUGUGUCAGGUAAAACUUAUCCUUUGUUCUUUCUUAUCUCAUCAAGCUCAUUAUUCCUAUAUUAGAUGUUUAGUUUUGUUUUUGUCUGCGUAUUUGUGCAUCUAUAGAGUUGAUGUUUUUUUACUUUGUUGUUUGGAAAAUGAUCUAACCUUUAUUUUUCUGUAUUUUUUUAUAUAAAUAAAUAUAUUUUAUUCUAUUCCACUGAUUAUUGAUUAUUCACCUUGUUAUAUUUCAAGUAUUUUCUAGUGCUUCCUAGUGGAUUGUUUUCUAAUGGCAAUGAAGCACAUUCUUAUGUAUUUCAGGUCGAGGAGUAACACAAAAACUGACAGGACGGACAAAAAUCUAAAUCACAACAUACAGUUAAGUUUGAAUGUCCUAAGUCCAGUUCACAGAGCAUGGCCUACGCUGAAACUUCAACCAACGUGACAUUACAGCUGGAAGAAAAUGAUCUUGCUACGUUAAUGGAGAAAUUUAACUGGACAUCUGUGAAGACAGCUGUGUGUGCAUCUUCAUCUGAAAUGGUGGUUAUCUGGAUUAUUUUCUCCAUUGAGUUUGUUGUCAUGUGUCUGGCACUGUAUGGAUUGUGUUGUCUGUUUAGGUCGAACCAAGCUGUCCCUUUAUUCAUUAUAAAUCUAUUUGUUUGUGAUAUCAUCCAGAUUUGUGUCAAGCCUGUUCUGAAUUUUUGUACACUGAAUGUACAAAAUAAUGUAUUUUUUUUAGUAUUUCAUGUUUAUAUCAUGAGCAUAGUAGUUAACAUUGGCUUCAUGGUCUGUAUCUCUGUGGAAAGAUACGUAAUGAUCAAAUACCCUGUUUGGUAUCGACUUCAUCAUUCAUGUAGGAAUUUGUUUUUGAUAUGCUUGUUUGUUUGGGCAACGCUAUGUGGAUAUAUGGUGAUUGAUAUCUUUAUUGCACUUAAAGUGGAUGUGGAACUUGCAUUUCUUCUAAAUGUAAUAAUGUUUUUGUUACCUUAUCCACUGGUUGUGUUUUGCUUUGUGGGAUCAUGGAAGGCACUGUCUCAUUCGGUCGCAGUCACCCCUGAUGAGAGAAAGAGGAUUUUGAUCAUUCUGGCUCUUGUACUUUUCAGUUACACUGUGUUGUUUCUACCAAGCAUUGUACAAAACAUAAUUUUUGCAGUAUCCUUUAAGCACGGAAUAAGUAGUUAUUAUGAUAGUUUACAUUCAGUGUCAGGAAUCAUGUUGUAUUUAAAUCCACUCGCUGACUCUUUGCUGUAUAUUUUCAUAAGGAAGGAUGCAAAUAGCAUGUUUAGAUUUUUGUGUUGUAAGAAGCUGCAUGAAAAUCAGGUGUAGCUCUUCAAUUCAGCAACUGCCAUGUUAAUCGAACCAGCAAAUACGCGACUGAGAAGCCUUGAAUUUGAACUGUUAGACUGCAAAAAACAAUUGUGAUUCCCUAUAACACAAGGUGUAUAAAGUUUUAUUUGUGUAAAGUAUCAAAGACAGCACAGAAAACAAUUUAUCGCAUUUAAGCACUUUACUGAUUUUGCUCAUCAUUACUCACAUUUCUGUCAAUCCCUGUGAGCAUAAUUAGAUUUCAGGAAAUGCUAGUUAGCAGCUACUCUCUUUCUAUGUUGUUUCUUCAUCAGUUACUUUCAACCAUAAUCAACCAGCAGCAGCUCAUUGUCAGGUAAACCCAUUUCUUUUGCUCUUUAUCUCUUGCUCUUUUGCUUAGACAUUGUCUUGGGAUCAACUUAUCAGAUUCACAAUAUUAAUUUCAUUUUGAAUUUACUGUGUAUGAAAUUGGUGACAAAACUGGUAAAAAUUUGUACUAUACAAAUAAUCUUUCAUGUAUGUUCUCCUUAUUAGUUUCAGUUUAUCUUUCCAUAAGAUGACAUAUCUCUGCCAUUGCAACACCCAACUUAAUCACUUGCAUUUUAUGCAUCUUGUGCACUUUAUUCCUUUUUCAAUAAUGGUAUUCAUUUAGUAGUUGUUGAAUACUCUUGUCUAUUUUUUGUUAAUAAAAUUAAUUGUAUUACACUUGUGUCUUCUGUGUUGGUAAUACAGUAAGAGGCUGUACAAGGUAGCUAUCCCACCAAUCUUUCAGAUAAAUCACAUGACCAGUUCCAUCCAGUUUGCAUUAAUUAUAAAUGAUGGAACUACUGAACCACUGAACCAAAUUUAAGAGAGGUGAGAGGUGGUCAUCUGAUGUACUCACAACCGCACUUAAAGUGACACGUGAUCCACAAGUUACAACAUUAUCGGUGACGUGACUACCCGUCACUACAUUAUUUCAUCUUCCUGAGUGGGUGAAAGUAAA